CAUGAAUGAUUAAAAACAAAAUCUUAUAUCUCUCGAGAAGAAUUGUGUUGAAGUGUUAGAAGAUUGAAGCGAAAAAAUGGCAGCAGCAGAAGAAGGUGUGAGUCUGAAUCAUAUAUCUCGAGAGUCCACCGACAUCAAACGCCUUGCCAAUUUCUACCGACAGAUAUUUGGAUUUGAGGAAGUAGAAAGUCCCAAGUUUGGAGAGUUUAAGGUUGUAUGGUUGCGCCUUCCAUCUUCUUCACUAUAUCUUCAUCUCAUUGAACGGAACCCAUCCAACAAUCUCCCUGAAGGUCCAUGGAGUGCUGCUUCCCCUGUUAAAGACCCUUCCCAUCUCCCUAGAGGCCAUCAUCUCUGCUUCUCUGUCCCUAAUUUCCAAUCCUUCCUCCAAACUCUCAAGGAUAAGGGUAUUGAAACUUUUGAGAAAUCUCUGCCUAAUGGCAAGAUUAAACAAGUUUUCUUCUUUGACCCUGAUGGUAAUGGCUUGGAGGUUGCAAGCAAGGAAGACUCUUCCUAGUUACUUUGAUAUGCAUAUGUGUAAUGAUAUGUAACUAUAAUAAUCAUGCACCUUAUUAUCAUUUUAGAUACCAGUUAUUCAUAAAAUAAAGAUAGAUUUUGAUAAGAUA